GCCAGGGCGAUUUCACGGUUCCCCACGCCCGCCGUUCCCGUCCUCGCCCCCUCCAAGCCCGGCAGGUCGCACGGUACGGGGCGGGGCCUGCAGCGGUGACGGACGCGAAGCUGAGUCCCAGGUUGGCCGACUUUGAGCUGCUCAGGCCUCAUGCUGUACUUUAGAUUCCCUUCCGUCUCCACCGCCAGAAUGGAGGGCUCUGCUUGCUCUUGACAGUCUCCGGUCCCACCUGAGCUGAGGCUUUACAUCCAUCCCGGCAACUUGCAGUUUCCGUCUGAAGAUUGUGGUCACCUGGGCCGAGGAGCCCCAGCCUCGUCAUGGACCCAGAGUGCUCCCGGCUCCUCCCUGCGCUCUGUGCCGUCCUGGCAGACCCCAGGCAGCCUGUGGCAGAUGACACUUGUUUGGAGAAGCUGCUGGACUGGUUUACAGCGGUAACCGAAGCAGGGUCCAGUCUCCUGUUACUACAGGAAAAUCCCUGCCUGGUAGAGCUGCUGUUCCACGUGUUGAAAUCCCAGGACCUAAGUUCCAGAAUCCUCUCCUUCUCACUCCGCCUCGCAGGGAUAUUUGCAGCCCAGGAAAACUGCUUCCAGUAUCUUCAGCAGGGGGAGCUGCUGCCCAUGCUCUUUGGGGAGGUGGGCCCCCUCGGAGGAGCGGCCUGGACGGCCCCUGCUGUGCGCAGCGGCUGGAUCCAGGGCCUGCGCACCCUGGCACAGCAUCCUAGCGCCCUGCACUUCCUCGCCGCCUGUGGUGCAGUUGACACCAUCUUCUCCCUGCAGGGAGAUCCCAGCCUGUUUGUGGCCUCGGCAGCCGGGCAGCUCCUGGUGCACAUUCUAGACUUGGCGAUGCGGGGCCCAGCCGAGGGCCGCCGCAGUCCGCAGGCUUGUGACUGGCCAGCAUGUGCCCAGAAGAUCGUGGGUCACAUCGAAGACUCCCUGUGCUCCACAGCCAUCCCGCAGGUCACACAGGCCCUGAGUGUCCUGACCACUGCGUUCGGGCACUGCCACGGCCUUUGGACGCAAGGCCUUUGGGUGCGGCUGAGCCCCCUCGUGGCCCGCCUGCUCGAGAAAGACCCUGUCCCAGCCUCACACUCGCUCGUGGAUCUCCUCCUCAGCGUGGCCCGUUCUGCGCCGAGCUCUGACCGUGGCCUGUGGGAGACUCUGGCCCAGACUCUGAGCCACUUGAGCCCCACACAGGCAGGGCCUCUGGCUUUGGGGAUCCUGAAACUGCAGGACUGUCCACAGGCGCUGAGGACCCAGGCCUUUGGCAUCCUCCUCCAGCCCCUGGCCUGUGUCCUGGAAGCUGCUGCUCAGGCCCCUGGACCCCCAGGCUUGCUGGAGGGGGCUGCAGGUGACUCGAUGACGGUGGACACGCUCCUCUCCUCCAAGUCGGCCUGUGUGGGUCUCCUGUGCUGUGCUCUGGCCCACCUGGGGCUGCUGCAGCCGCUGCCCCAGCGGCCCUCGCCCUGGCCACAGGCGCCCCUGCUUGGGGCUGCGGUGACAAUACUGCGGCUCUGCAGUGGCUCGGCGGCCCCCACCUCCGACGUGGGCGGCCGUCUCUGUGCGAUCCUGGUGGGCUGUGGCCGGGUCCAGCGAGCUGCCCUGGAUUUCCUGGGGGCGCUGUCUCAGGGGACCGGCCCUCAAGAGUUGGUGACGCAGGUGUUUUCCGUCCUCCUGGAGUACCUCGUGAGCCCUGAGUCCAGCUCCAUGGUUCUGAAGAAGGCCUUCCAGGCCACACUCAGGUGGCUCCUGAGCUCACCCAAGACCCCCGGCUGCUGCGACCUGGACCCCCACACCCAGCUGUUCCUCACAGAGCUGCUUCCUGUGCUACAGAAGCGCCUGUGCAGCCCCUGCUGGGAGGUAAGGGACUCAGGCCUCGAGUUCCUGACCCAAAUGACCAGACACUGGGGAGGGCAGGCCGGCUUCAGACAAGCGCUCCUUGCUUCAGAGGUGCCCGAGCUCACCAAGCAGCUUCUGCGAGACCCUGAGAGUUACGUCCGUGCGAGUGCAGUGACCGCCACAGGGCAGUUGUCUAGCUGGGGGCUGUGUGCCAGCCCUGAGUGCCCAGGGGCUCAGCAGGAGAGCCUGCUCGUGGAGCUUCUGCACAUCCUCUCCACAGACUCGGAGGGCUUCCCCCGGAGGGCCGUCAUGCAGGUCUUCACUGAGUGGCUGAGGGAUGGCCAUGCUGAUGUAGCUGAAGACGCGGAGCGGUUUGUGGCUGGAGUGCUCCAGGCGGCGAGCAGGGACUUGGACUGGGAGGUGCGGGCCCAGGGCCUCGAGCUGGCACUGGUGUUCCUGGAGCAGUUGCUGGGUCAGCGCGGCUCCCACUGUCCCUAUGCCGUGGCCCUGCCCGAGACAGCCCCACCUGGCGUGCUGGCCCAGGCCCUGCAGGUGCUCUGCCGUGUGCAGCUCUUUGAGUUUGCCUUCCGUGCCUUGUUUGACUGUGACCGACCUGUGGCCCAGAAGUCCUGUGAUCUCCUCCUAUUCCUGAGGGCCAAGGCUGCUCCCUGUGGCAGCCCGCAGGAGGCGGGGGACAGUCCCAACGUGGCCUCUGUGGAGGCCACCCUGCAGAGAUGGCAGGCAGGUGAGCAGGGUCAGCCCCUGGGGUACCUGGAGCCCGGGGCCGUCGUAGCUCUGCUGAGGUCUGUAGACCUGGAGGGCCUUCGGGACACCCUGGCUGAGAGCAGUGACCAUGUGGAGAAGAGCCCCCAGUCACUCUUGCAGGACAUGCUGGCUGCCGUGGGCGUCCUCGGGGAGAACGAGGCCGACUGCUACUGACCAGCCUAGUGGCAACCUCCCCAGGACCCUGCUGCUGCACCACGUCCCUUCCUUGGGCCCUGCCAUCCUGAGGGCUCUAGUCUGGCCUGGCUGCACAAGGGACCCUCCAGGGAAGCCAGGACCAGGUGAGCCCAGCAAGCUCAAAGAGCCCCACAUUUUGAUGUAUUGCUGAAGAAGUGGCUUAUUUUCUACUCAAAAUAAGUGAUUUGACGGUGCCACUGGGUCAGCACAGUGUUCUAAGACUGCCCAGGGGUAGGCCACAGGCCUCGGGGGGGGCUUGGAGAAACAUCUGGGGAGGGACCCUCUGCACAGUGGCCACGUGCUUCCGUGGCAUGGAGGGGUGGUUCCUCUGCUUGGAUCCCACCAUGCCCCAGGGACACCCAAGGUCAGAGAGCAAACAGCUCAGGCUGGAGAGUGUCUGGCCUUGGUCCCUGGUCCCUAACGAUAGUGACCCCAGGUCUAACCAAGCCAGGUUUUCAGUCUCUGAACCCCCAGGAUCAGCUUGACUUUGUAACAGUUCAGAGCUCACCAUUUCAACUCACCAGGCACGUAGAGUUGCCAGUGGUAACAUCAGGGGAGUUGAGCUCUGGGCUGGUCCUCAGGGGACCAAACAGAUGGUACACCAGCCCGAGCUCUGCCAUUUCCCAGCCAUGUGACCCUGGGUUGACCUGUUCCCCCAUCUGUAAAAUGGGAAUUUUACUCUUUGCCUCCCAGAGGUAAGUGUCUCAGUGUUCUAAAGCACCCAGAACAGUCAAAGAAGAAAUCUCAAGAGAAACUUUAAAAUAUUUUUAACUGAAUGAAAAUGAAAUUACAACUUACCAAAAUUCGUGGGAUGUAGCAGAAGCAGUGUUCAGAGGGAUGUUUAUAGCAUUGAAUGCGUAUAUGAGAAAAGAAGAAACAUCUAAGAUCAAUAAACUAAGCUUCCACCUUAGGAAACUAGAAAAAGAGCAAAUUCAACCCAAAGUAAGCACAAGAAAAGAAAUAAUAAAAACUAGAGCAGAAAUCAAUGAAAUUGAAAACAGGAAAUCAAUAGAGGAAAUCAAGUAAACCAAAAACUGGUUUUUGAACAGAUCAAUAAAGUCAAUGGGCCCCUUGCUAGGCUAAGAAAUAAAAGGGAAGACACAAAUUACUAGUACCAGAAAUAAAAGGGGACAUCACUGCAGAUCCCAUGAUAAUUGAAAGGAUAAUAAAGGAACACGGUCAACUCUGCCCACAAAUUUGAUAACCUACGUGAGAUGGACUAAUUCUUUGAAAGACAGUCUGCCAAACUGAUACAAGAAAUAGAUGAUCUGAGUAGGCCUGUAUCUGUUAAAGAAAUUGAAUCCGUAAUUAACAACCUUCUAAAACAGAAAGCAUGAGGCCCAGGUGGUUUCACUAGUGAAUUCUACAAAACAUUUAAGGAAGAAAUUAUACCAGUCCUCUACAGUUUUCCAGAAGAUAGAGCAGAGGGAAUACUUCCUAACUCAGUCUAUGAGGCCAGCAUUACCCUAAUACCAAAACCAGACAAAUAUCCAAGAAAACUAGGAACCAGUUUCAUCAUAGAUACAGAAGUCCUUAACAAAAUAUUAGCAGAUUGCAUCCAACAAUGUAUAGAAAGAAUUAUGCACCAAGAUCAAGUGGGGUUCACUUCAUGUAUGCAAGGCUGGUUCAACAUUUGAAAAUCAGAGCGAUCCAUCACAUCAACAGGGUAAAGCAGAAAAAUCACAAAUCAUAUCAGCUGCAGGAGAGGCAUUUGGCAAAACCUCUUACUAUCCUCAGUUUUUAGAUUGGGCUGAGAGGUGAAGACCCCACAGCCUCUGGAAAGACCCAUGUCCUUUGCUGUGUCAUAGAAACUUCUUGCAGGGAGAGGUGUGUACGGACAGCAGGGGACCUGUUCCCGGGAGAUGCUGUGCCCUGUGGAAAGCAGCUGGUGUUGUCUCGGGCAGAAUUUGCAUUCUUGGUGCAGGCCUAGCAGGUCUGUCUUCUCACUCCUUCGCUAAGGCCAGCGCCCAUCAGACGGACCUACCUGGUCAAACCCUGGCUUCACCACUUACAGGCUGCUCUGUCCUUGGGCAGGUCAUUUAAUUCCGCUCAGCCUGGCCUUGUCUAUAAAAUGGGGAUGGACCUCCCCAAGCUGUUGAGAACUGACUGAGACAUGGUGAAUAAAAUGCCUGACAUUGUGACUUUCACAAAGAAGAUAGUCAACAA